ACGAAUAGACUCUUGGGUCCAGGACAUUUGUCCCCUUGAGCUUGGUUUUUCCUCCAUUAUAGCUUUCUUGAAAUAUUAACUUGUGUAGAUUUGGAUCAGAAAGAGAUUGAAAAACAAACCCCGCAAAAGAAACAGAGAAAGAUGGAAGAUUUUGUGACAGACUCUGAAGCUUCUUCUGUACUUCCUUCAAGUAAGGAGGAAGACCAUGAGAAAGAGAAAGAGGAUGCUAAUAAAGCCCAGAAAAAGGAAGACCAUCUUUUCUCCAGGUUGAUCCAUGGAGGAGAAGCUGAAGCUGAAAAGGAAGAUAAAGAAGAAGAAAAAAGUGGUGGGAUUAUAACCAACUUCAUUUCCAACUUAGUCGCUCCUCUGAGUCCAAAAGCAGGGCAAGUCACUGAACAAGAACAUGAAGUUGAUGAAAUUGGAAAAGGGGAUUCUAAAUCGGUGGAAGAUGGUGGAAAUGGUGGAGGGAUUAUCAACAAUCUCAUCUCCAACUUGUUUCAUCAAAGUAAUGGAGGAGGAGGAGAAAAAAGAGAAGGUGAUAAAGAAGAGGAGGAAGAGAAUAUGAAUUUUGUUGGAGGAAGGAAAAAAGCGAAGAUAGACAAGGAGGAGGGUGAGGAAAGAGGAGGUAUCAUUGAUAGCUUUGUCUCUCACUUACCCAGAUCCCUUCCAGAUGAUGCGGCUCCAACAACUGAUGAGGUCUUUAUCCUAAUUCACUCCAUUGUCAAAGACUAGGCAAAUUUUUUGCAAAUGGUUUGUGCCAUUCGCUCUCUGCAGGCAUCCAAAGCUUUUGUAUUUUCCACUGAAGCUUUUUUUUUUUUUUUUUUUUUUUUUAUAAAUUUUUUUGGCCCCCUUAUUCAUACUUGAUUUCUAUUCGUCAAAAUUUCUGUUUCCUCAAUUUGUGUUUUGGUAUAUGAUCUUUUUCAUUGAUUGUAUACGAUACUGUAGAAAAUCUUUGAAGUUC